AGCACACUUUCAUUAAGAGUUUGUGGCGGCCAGUAUUUUUAUUAGCUUUAUGCAGUAUAAAAAGAGAACUAAAAGGGAUAAGAUAAGUACAUCUUCAUAAGUCAAAGCCACCAUUAUACCAUUAUUUUUAGAGAGUGCUGAGGUUAGUGUUCUUUUUCCUCAGUGAGAUUGGGUAUGAAAUCCAAUUAUUAUUCGGAGAUUUGAAUAAUGAGCAGCGAUGAAACUUACCCUGUGUAACAACUGUCAUCAGUCAGUGUCACUUACAUCUGUCAAUUUUAUUUAAAAAAAUAUCCUCCUCUCCUUCGAUUUUACAUCAAAACAAAUGUGAAAAUUUAUGUGCUGAAUUAUUAAAUGAAUAGAUAAGCUAGUGAAUUUAUAGUUAUAUUUAACAAUAACAUAUAAGCUAUGUCUAAUGAUGUUUACGAGAAAUGUGGGAACACGGGUCACACCGAGGGUGCUCGACCAUACAAAUGUCGGGACUACCCAAGCAAAAUGUCUACGAAUUUACACCAUUUUAAAAGGGAUGGAAGGUUUUGUGACAUAGAUUUAAUAUCUGGAAGUACAAAAGUGAAGGCGCAUCGGGUGGUGCUGGCAGCUAGCUGUGCAUAUUUCGAUGCCAUGUUCAGUGUUGGUCUGCAGGAAAGUCAGAAAGGACAUGUUUCCCUCCCAAGUGUUCCACCAGAUAUUCUUCCAUUGAUUAUUGACUUUAUUUAUACAGGAGAAGUGUUAAUAGACAAGGCGACGGUGCAGCACCUGAUGAUAGCGGCGGACAUGCUGCAGCUGCGGGAGCUGGUGCGGGGCUGCGGCGAGUACCUCAAGAGGGAACUGCAUCCAUCUAACUGUCUUGGAAUCUUUAGGUUUGCAGAGGCCCACAACUGCACAGAACUAGCAGAAGAAGCCCUGGCUCAUGCACAGUCUAAUUGGAACAAAGUAGUGAGCGGCGAGGAGUUACUGGAGCUCCCGCUGCCGCAGCUGACCACAUUGAUAUCAUCAGAGCUUUUGAGUGUUGACAGUGAAGCUGAGGUGUUAUACCCAGCAUUGAGAUGGCUAGAACAUGACCCCACAUGCAGAAGGAGGCAUUGCUUUGAAGUAUUAAGUCACAUUCGUCUUCCGCUGAUAUCUCCACAAGUCUUAGAUGAAGCUCUUAAAAAUGUACAAGACCCAUCCAUUGCUGUUGCUUUGAAAACUGUCAGAGUAGAUAUGAAGACGGGCCGCGGCGCGCUGGUGGCUCUAGGCGCGGAGCCGCGGGCGCGCGCGCGCCGCGUGCUGCUGGUGGCGGGCGGCUCGUGCCACGACCCCGCCGCGCGCCCGCCCAACAACGCCGACAACUUCCUCGCUAGUGUGCUCAAGUUCGACCUGCAUAAGAGGGAGUGGUCGGAGGUGUGCCCGAUGCGCAUCGCUCGCAUCCAGCCGGGCGUGGCGGCGCUGGGCGCGCGGUUGUACGCCGUGGGCGGCGAGCAGGGCAGCCAGAUACUCGCCAACGGGGAGGUCUAUGACCCACAGACAGACACGUGGACGGACAUAGCGCCGAUGAACGAGGCGCGCUCCGAGUUCAGCCUGAUCGCGUGGAACGGGCAGCUGCACGCGUUCGGCGGCUGGGUGGGCUCGGACAUGGGCGCGUCCAUCGAGGUGUACGACCCCAUGCUGGACGAGUGGACGCUGUCGGGACGCAUGCCCGAGCCCCGGUUCGGCAUGGGGGUCGUGCAUUUUGAAGGUCUAAUCUACGUAGUGGGCGGUUGCACGCACACGCGGCGUCACACUCGCGACCUGCUCUGCUACCACCCGGCGUCGCGACAGUGGCGCUCGCUGACCCCCAUGCGCUACGCCCGCUCCCAGGCCGCGGCCGUCGUGUUGAAUAACUAUCUCUAUGUGAUAGGAGGGAAUGCGCCGCGCCGCACCGUGCUCAGCUCGGUGGAGAGAUAUAGCUUCGAUGAUCAAUCCUGGGAGGAAGUGACGCCCCUGCGCACGGGGCGCGCGGGGUGCGCGGCGGGCGGCGGGGAGGGGCUGCUGGUGGUGGCGGGCGGCGACAGCGAGGGCGGCGGCGGCGGCUCCGCGUUCUACCGCGCGCGGACCACGCUGCCCACUGUCGAGCUGCUGGACGUGGCGCAUGGGGGGACUUGGCAGGAGGGUCCCCCGCUGCCGCACUCGCGCGCGGAGGCCGGCGCCGCGCUGCUCUGACGCCGCCGCCGCGCCUAGUCAGCGUUUAGCGCGCCCCGCUCGCGCUUCCAUACCGUCACGCGCAUAGAGAACACGGCCACUCUAGAACUGUACUUGAAGCUGCAUUCCGGACGAGCCACGUAUUGCUGUGGUACUGUGGUGCCGCGGCCGGUUAACAGUGAGGGAGAAAUUGAUCCGGAGACAGAUGUAGUAGGUGAUGUAUUGAUUGUUCUGAGCGUCAUACAUGGCAAUGCCCACAAGUGAUUGUAGUUGGGAUAGAUAAGUUGGUAUUGUAUGUUGCGCGGCGUCACAUGUCAGGUCAUCUUAAAAUAUAGCGCGGGUUGGAUAGCGAUGACAUUUUUGUCACAACAUGUCGUGCGUUCCAUGCUGCGGCACCAUGGCUGCUAUUGUAUACUAUAUGUGCACGCGGUAACUUCAUGCUAAAGAGCUAAAGAAGAAGGUAGUGUAAGUACACGGAACUCUUUCGUGGGUGCCGUAGGGAAAGACUCAAAACAAAACUCACCUCAGCAGAACGAAUACUAUGAAUGCAAUUAAAUUAUUUGCCCCUAUCUGAAUUGGCAGGCUUCGACUAACAUAAACGAGGAGCAAUUCGCGUUUAAUAGUUUCUUGGCAGCUAAAGAACGUUAUUCAGCCCAAGUAUCAUGGAGCGCAGAACGUGGGCUGUUCAUAAUUUGCCGAUCCUUUCUGUAAGAAGGUAGUAUGAGUAGAGAUUGGAAAGGAUAUAAGGCUGAUGAGUACUCAUAGAAUAUGCUACUGGAAAUAGAUGCUAAGUUCAUCGUCAUAAGCAUGUGACUUUGUAGGUAAUUAAAUGGAUGGUGUUUGUGAGUAACAAAGUAUGAUUGAUUUAUAUGGUAAAAUAUAAUUAUAUUAAAAUAGAAUUGUGCCGUUUUGACUGCAUGUCUGUCCAAAUUUUCUAGGUCUGUCGUCUGAAUGUUAUGUGAAUUAAAUGGUUCAGUGUUCACCAUAUCUACCCGUAGCUUGUUCAGCACUACUUGUAUGGUGUUAUGUAUGAAUUAAUAAAUUAUUAUAACGGGUAGACCCUGUAAUUACCCCAAUGUCAAUACAAUUACGAGUAAUGUUAAAAAGUCCAAGCUUUCGUUUCAAUUAUUAUACUUAUGUACAUAGCCAAAACAGAUGUUAUUCUCCUUGCUUGACUCAAACAAUAUCGACCUCCAUACCUAAUCUUCCUAACUUAUUUAAUAUCACAAUAUUUUUGUAUAUUUUACUCGGCGUCGUAGGUGUAGACUUGUAUUAGAAUGUCGUGUCGUAACUCUCGGUGUCGUUAAUCUUUCACCAAAAUGUUUAUUGAGAAUUUUAAUAUGUUGUUAGUCUUUAAUUUGAAAUUAUUAUUAUUAAUUAAGGAUCACAUAACCUAUUUUGUUAGAUUUAUAGAAUAGUCUAUAUAGGUGUUUUAUACACUUUCGUUAAUUAAUAAGUUGGUAAUAUGAACGAUUACAUUGGCUUGAAAACAUGAUAACAAGCGUUGUGAUAUAUUUUGAUCUUAUUUUAAAUUUAAUCAUUUACAAUUAAUUUAUGUAACAAAACUGUAGUAAAUGACUACUUACAUCUCUUAUCACAAUAAAGUGACCAGACUAACCAAAACGUUUUCCCGUAACCUAGUUAUGUAAUUGCAAAUAUUUUUACAAGCAUUGCAUUUGUAAGUAUAUUCAAUAAAACGAUAUUUCAAAUUUU